GUCUAAGAGAGUAAGCGCCAAUAAAAAACUAGAAGAAGAAGUCAGGGAAGAUUUUAGGAAGAAGUUGGAAAUGAGCACCUCAGAGAAGGAACUGAGAAUACAUUUAGAACUGUGUUGUUGAAGAUGAUGAUGCUGUCAUGUGUCUUCGUAACAUACAUGGGCUUAUGUUUACUUGGAGUCGUAGCACGAGACAAGCUGAAUGUUCUUUACAUAAUGGCCGAUGACCUGCGCCCAUCACUGGGCUGCUACUCAGAUCCACUCGUAAAAUCGCCAAAUAUUGAUCAACUUGCAUCGAAAAGCAACGUGUUUUUCAACGCAUACGCUCAGCAAGCUUUAUGUGGACCCAGUCGAACAUCAAUAUUAACAAGUCGAAGACCGGACACCACGAAAUUGUUUGACAACUCCAAUUUCUACUGGAGAGUCCAUUCGGGCAACUACACUACGCUCCCUCAGUAUUUCAAAAGCCAUGGGUAUACUACCAUGUCUGUUGGAAAGAUAUUUCAUCCUGGCAUUGUGUCCAACCACUCGGAUGACUACCCGUACAGCUGGUCUGUGCCUCCGUAUCAUCCUCCCUCUUUCCAUUAUGAAAGGAGGAAGGUUUGCAAAGGCAGAGAUGGCAAACUGCAUGAAAACCUUCUUUGUGCCGUCAAUGUGACUGAAAUGCCACUCGGUACCUUGCCGGACAUUGAGAAUACUGAAGAGGCCAUACGGUUGUUAAAGUUAAUGAACAAGUCUGAAAGUCCAUUUUUCUUGGCAGUCGGAUUCUAUAAACCACACAUACCAUUCAGAAUUCCUCAGGAAUUUGUGAAGCUUUAUCCUUUUGAUAAAAUGACUCUACCUGCUGACCCUGAUGUUCCAAAAGGCCUUCCUAGCGUGGCCUACAAUCCCUGGACUGAUAUCCGUGAACGAGAGGAUGUGAAAGCUCUGAACAUCAGUUUUCCAUAUGGACCUGUUCCAAAGGACUUCCAGCUUCAGAUCCGCCAAUACUACUUCUCCUCAGUGUCCUACGUGGACGCCCAGGUGGGCAAGCUCUUAAAUGCUUUGGAUGAACAUGGCUUUGCUGAAAACACCAUUGUGGUUUUUACAUCUGAUCACGGAUGGUCCCUAGGUGAGCAUGGAGAGUGGGCCAAGUACAGCACCUUUGAUGUGGCCACGCGUGUGCCUCUCAUGGUGUAUGUGCCAGGCCUGACAUCAGUCAGCCAAGGACGGGGUGAAAAGACCUUCCCUUACGUGGAUGUGUUUCAGGAGCCAAACAACCACUUCAUCUCAGGCCGGGUUGUGAAGUCUGUUGUGGAGCUGGUGGAUUUGUUUCCCACCAUCUCUCAUCUGGCAGGUCUGCAUGCACCCCAUCAAUGUCCCCAACCUGGCAGCCAUGUUAAUCUUUGUACUGAGGGUGAAAACAGAGCUUACACUUUCUACAGACCUGAGACCUACAUCAGUGAGGAGAGAAUGGCGUUUAGCCAGUGCCCACGGCCAGCAGACACGCCCCAGCUGAACUCAGAUCAGCCCCAUUUUCUGGAGGUGCGGGUCCUGGGCUACUCUCUGCGGUGUAGUCAGUAUCGCUACACGCUGUGGGUGGGUUUCCAGCCAGAUCGCUUCUACGCCAACUUGUCUGAUGUCCAUGCUGGUGAGUUGUAUCUUCUGGAUGAUGACCCGGAUCAGGAUCACAAUUUAUAUGGGCUGAAGGGAUAUGAGGUGCCGUCACACAGUCUGGACAAGCUAAGUGGCAUUGGUGCUAUGCCACAAUGGACUGACGUUCUUCGACAACAUAUAACCUGGCUACAUCAGCACAGACUCCAGAGGAAUCCAGCACAAACCUUCUGAGAUUCCCUGAUUAUGUUUGUGAAUGUAUAUCAGUGUACAGUACAUGAAUAGACUCUAUUAAAUACUAAUAAACAAUGUUAGAUUGUAAA